AUGGAAUGUGCUAGUGCCGAAGGUGACCUCCAAGAAGUAAUGGCGCUUCUUAAGCAAUGGUCAACAGCUACAGCCAAGGGGGCGACGGAUGGAGAUAGCUCUCAGCGAGAAACCGAUGAGAAUCUGAAGAACGCUCUUCAGACACCGCUCGUUGAAGCAGCAAAGAAUGGCCACGCUGCUCUCGUGUCAUUCCUCCUGGAUCAAGGCGCAGGAAUCAUGGAUAACGUUCUCAGCGGCGCAAAGGAAAGCAAGUCGACUAGUAUUUACCAAGCCCUUCUGGAUCAUGGAUGGGAUAUCAAUGCAAAAUGGUGGAUGGGGAUCACAUCCCUUGGUUCCGUUGUUACCGACGAAAAUCUGGUGAAGUGGCAUCUUGAACACGGUGCAGAUCCAAACAUUCCAUCACGUCGUGGAUUCACGCCACUUGACAGUGCAGGUUACAACGGCUCGUUCAAUACCAUCAAAUAUCUAAUCUCCCACGGUGCGAAUCUACAGGAUACGAUGGCCUUGAUCUCCGCCGCAGCAAGCGAAAGGACAAAUUCAGACACCUUCGAGAUCAUGACCUUCCUGCUCGACCAUGGUGUCGACAUUGACUGCGUUGAAAGGGUGUACGAACCUCUUGCCGCGACUGUCUACUACGGUACCGCUUUACACCGUGCGGUGGAAAGAGAAGACGCGGAACGAGUGCGGUUCUUAUUGCAGAGGGGCGCAAAUCGACACAUCAAAGGGUUUGAAGGGGUUUCGGCACUGGAAGUUGCGGAAAUGCGAGAAUUGAAGGAAAUGGCGGACAUCCUCCGGAACGAGUAA